AAAAAAAAAAAGUAAUCAUACUUCAGACCUUCUAUAUAUAAAACACAUACAAGAAGAGCCUCUUCAGGUGAAAUGGGGAGGGAAGCCUGAGCCACCUCUCUCAGCAGGUGCAGAGGCAAGUCCUCUUGGGUGGUUUGAAACCUAGACUCCAUGGCCUUCAGCUCUGGAAUCUGAGUUUAAUCACUGGAGACACAUCCCGUGUAGCCAUCGCCUCAGCUCUCAACCUAUCCUGGUUGCCUGGGAAACUUCCUUAUAGCAUUUGGCCAAGUUGUGGGUCUGCAUUGCCGCUGUGUUGGGGUUGCCACGGUGAGAAGAAGUCUGAUGGUGCCUCAUCUGUGGUCCCAGCUUUGAAGGUGGCUUAUGCGGGAAACAGGAGGCAAGCUGGAGAAAUGCCACCAAGUCCUGGAAGGAAGAUCCUAAGUGUUGUUGACAAAGGAGGAGCAUAGUGGCUGGUGAGGCCAUAGCCAGUGCAGGGUUUACUGAAGUCCUCAGCUGUGAAUAGCCCUGGUAGUGCUAAUCUUCUAAGAUCUAGAGUGCGGCUGCUGGAACACUCCCAGGCCUGUCUUCCACUCCCACUUCUCUGCAUUAGCAUUCUAAGAUCACCAGGUGCUCUGCAGUCUAAUGGGUGGAAUGUUCUGCGUUCUAGUGUUGCCUUGGCAGAGAGAGGAUCCCCACCAAGUUCUGCUCUGCUGACUGCAAUGCUCUGCUUUCCCCAGCUGUCAGUGGCUUGAGUCAUCAGACACAGAUUGUUCUGUUCCCUUGGAUUUUAGGAUAGCUUUCUUCUUGUAUCAAUGGCUAAUUCUUUGAAAGAAGAUAAAUUAUAAUACAUACAGGGACUUUUGCUUAGCUAAAAUAUUAGAUUAACCCAAGCACCUGUUUUUUCCCCCGUGACUUGUUUAUUGAGUAAAAUGCUAUCAUGUCUCUUUGAAGAAUGCAGCUUCCUAAUUUUAUAGAUGUGGAAACUGAGACUCAGAAGUCCUAGUAAUGGAGGAGCAGAAAGCAUCAAUUAGAACCCCAUAAUUUCAUUAACAGCCCUAGAAUUAGAGAAUGUUAGAUCCAGAACACCUUAGAGACCACCUAGCCUAACUCCUUGGUCUAUCCCAUGAGCUUGUUUAAACCAUUGUGUUACCAGCAGCUGUGUGUUGAUUGUGUUUGUUUUUAUAUUUUCCCUGGGGAUGGUGGUCCCUGAGUUUUAGUCCAAGGCACAGCAUGCUAAGUGGCCAAGACAGUAAAUGAUAGGAAAAUUUCCCGGUGGAAGGGCUGUGGGUGGGGCCUAAAGAAAGAGUGCAAUAUAUGCUUGAGGACAGGCAGGAAAGGUGCCGCAGACAGGAUGAACGGCCCAUGCAGAGAUGAGAAGUUGGGAGUGACUAGCCAGGGUUUCCUGGAUGGGUCAGAGGGUCAGUUGGAAAGGGUGUAGAUGGUAGAUCAAGAGCUUUACUCUAAUUUUUACCUAAUCUGGGACUUCCAAGGAAUUCUGAAUAGGAUCCAGGCCCUUUUCUCCAUGGUUCCUGCCAUAACCCUGUCCCAGGCCCUCCUAAUUUCUCCCCUGGUAACCUCCUAACUGGUAUCCCUCCCUCUCCACACAGCCUCGCUUCCCAAGAACUUUCUAAAAUGCAAAUAGGAGUGUGCCUGUUUCCUACAAAGCACUUGCAUCGCUUCCUGUUGCCCUCAGGACAAGGUCCUGGCUUAAGUGGCUCUGUGUGGCCUUCCCCUGUCCUUCUGCAGCCUCACUCUCACUGUACUUCUGCCCUUUCCGGCCUCCCUAGUUUCCGAGCAGCCAGCUGUCUGUCACUCACUGCCUGUGUCCAGCCUUCUCCUUUUCUCCCAUUUGCUGCCACUUCCCGGUGAACUCCUAUUCAUCCCUUAAGACCCAGUACAAAUUUCUUGUAGAGAAGUGUUCCUGGAUCUUCCUAAAGCCACCAUUAUGCCUCGAAUGCGUUUGUUUUGAAGCUCCCUUCACAUUACUUCCAAAAUACCGGCUGUUCCGUGUUUUAGUAUUUAUUGUGUGAUAGGCACUGACCCACGCCCCAUACUCACGUUAUUUUAUGUUAUUCUCACAGUAACCAUAUGAGGUGCAUUCCUUACAGUCCCACUUACAGAUGUGGACACUGAGGCUCAGGGAAGUGGUGUGACUUGGCCAAGGCAUGCUGCUGAAGGGUGACAGAGCUGGCAUUUGAGUCCAGAUCAGUUUGUAUUGAUUUCUGCAGUUGUUAGUCUCUUGCUCCCUGGAUCCCCAUUGUCGGGGGGGGGUUAGAAAGUGUUGAGCAUUUGAGGGACCAGUCACAGGAGUGGGCACAGCAGGGUUGCUCUGGUGUGGGCAAGAUGGGGGAAGUGGAGGGAAGUUUGGUGAGGGCUGGGGCUGGGUUUACUCUGGGGUGAAAGUGAUGAGAGACUAUCAGCCUAGCUUCUCACAGUUAGGGGUUUUCUAUCUUCCUUUCCAAGUGGCAGCCUCUGGCCACCUGGGGAGAGGCCUGUGGGACUCCAGGCUAAGCAAGUGGCAUGGUGACAAACACCAUGGCAACCUGCCUCCUUGCUAGGGCCUAGAAGGGAGGGAGGACCUGAGAGAGCAUAGGGUACACACUAAGUUUUCUGAAUAGGAUCCUGAGAGGUGGCUCCUUUUGGGCCUGGGUGGCUUCCGCCCUCCCAUGAGGGACCCUGCCUGCAAGGUCCCAUCCCAGCAGGGGAAAUGCCACUUCCACCUUCGUCCCAGAUGAAUAGCUGGCUCUGAGUUCCCAGGAGACUGUUAGCUGCACUCAGGUAGAAAUGCCACCCGCUUCCCUCCCCCAGGCCAGGGAGGAAGGAAAACGGAGCUCAAGAGGAGGCAGACGUGGGGUUGCCAAGCAAGGUAGCAGCAGGGACAGCUGAGACAAAGCCCUCAUAGCAAGGCCACACGCAGCUCUGAGGCAAAUCAGGCAUCUUGCCUUCCUCCCAGGACUGGGCCUUGCACUCUUCCUGGACUUUCCUGGCUCCUUAGAACACUCAUCCAUGCUGGCUUGGAAGAGCCCAUCCUCAGAUAUGAGUCCUGCCUCUGCUGGAAAGUGCUCCUGAAGGCACAGCCUCCUUUUUGCAUCCUCCCAAAAGCCAGAAGGGCAGGGAUAAUGGGGGGAGAGUUGUCAGUGAAGCCAGGCUGACCUGGGCCAGAAGCCAUAAUGUGUCACACCUGCAGCUGUGUGACCUUGGGUCCAAAUGCAGUAACAAAGCCAGCCUUGAAGAUUGCUGUGUGAAGUAAUGGGCCAACGUAUACGAGAACACUCAGCAUGGCCACCUUACCGCAGAAGGCAUCAGGCAAUGGCAGGUGAUUCUUGGAGCCUUGCUCAUGUGCCCCUCUGCCCCUAAGUUGUUCCCAAUCAUGGUCCUCCUGUGUCCAGGAGGCAGUGAGCCACUUAUGGCCAUCCUCAGAAAUGAGGGGGUGCACUGAUGUCCUCCUGCCCCCAAAUCUCCCCUUCCCCAUGCUUCUUACUCUAGGGGCCAGCCCUACAGUUCCAGGAGGCCCUGCCUGGGUGACUGGGCCAUGAUGUGUAGGAAGCAUUGCCAAGCUGAGGCAAGCAGCUCAAGUGACAGGCGUGGUGUCGGCAGGUCCUGCAGCCCAGCACCCGACACCUCCAGGCAAACAAUGCUGGCUGUGUCCAGACCCUCUAGGGGAACAGGCCGUGUUCUAUGUCCCCGCCAGGAAACAGGCCAUCUGAGCAGUGCCUUUGUCCACUCAGGAGGCAGCCCCGCCGCUGGCUGGGAUGACCAGGCUCCAGGGAGGCCCUGACGUGGGAAGGGGGUGGUCCCCGGGCCAGAGACUCUGAGGUUUGAGAUCCAGCCCCUCAGCAUCUGAUGUUGACCUGGUUUGAGUAUUGGCUCUGCCACAUACCUGGGAUGUGACUUGGCCAAGUCCCUUCCCUCUUAGUGGCUAGAUUCCUCAUCUGUAAAAGGGGACUAAUCACAGCACUUCCUCAUAGGGUUGUUGAGAGGAGUCAAUGGCGUGAUACGGGAAGCCCAGAACCACGCGCCAACUGGGAAGGUGAUGGUCGGCGAGACCAGCCCAUCCUAAUUCAGGGUUCCUGGUCCUGCUCCAGGAAUCCUACAGCCUGCAGCCCCUACCAGAGAGGGAGGACUGAACAGCAAGGGGGGAUGUGGGUCUGAGUAUCAGGGUCCUGGGGAAGAAGCAGGCCUGGCUCACAGAGUAGAAGACUCGGUACCAGCAGUCAGGAGGCCCUGCUCCUGAAGCCCCUGUGACCUUGGGCACGGCCUUCACUCUGUCUGGGGCACAUUCACUCAUCUGGAGGACACAGGGUUGGACUGAUGUUUUUUAGCCACUCCUGAGGCUCUCACAGUUGUGAUUUUAAGUUGGGUGGUGGGAACCUGUGCACCAGCCCCAUUAAAUUCAUUGGUGAAGGCAGCCGCGGCCUGCCAGGCCCUCGCUCCUGGGGUGUCCUGCCGAAGGGUGAGAAGAGAAGCCAUGCCGGGCAGCGGCCCCAGCGAGAGGAUGACGUGGCCUGGCCCGGCCCUUUCUGCGGGCCCCCCAACCCGCCCUCUUUCCUCAGCCCCUGGGACACCGCCCAUCCCACCCCUUACUCGGACCCGCAGCCUCAUGGCCAUGUCCCUGCCGGGAAGUAGACGGACCUCUGCUGGAUCCCGCAGUGGGGGCACUUUGGGCCGCAGCGGCCUGGCAGUGUUCGCCCAGUGUCCGCAGCUGCCCACCAGCCAGAACGAGCACCUGCCUCUUCUUCCUGCCUCCAGGCGCACCUCUCCACCUGUGAGCGUGCGGGAUGCCUACGGCACAUCUUCCCUCAGCAGCAGCAGCAAUUCAGGCUCCUACAAGGGCAGCGACAGCAGUCCCACACCAAGGCGUUCCAUGAAAUACACACUGUGCAGUGACAACCAUGGCAUCAAGCCCCCGACCCCGGAGCAGUACCUGACCCCACUACAACAGAAGGAGGUGUGCAUCCGGCAUCUGAAAGCCCGGCUGAAGGACACGCAGGACCGGCUCCAGGACCGGGACACAGAGAUCGAUGACCUGAAGACGCAGCUGUCACGCAUGCAGGAGGACUGGAUUGAGGAGGAGUGCCACCGCGUGGAGGCCCAGCUGGCCCUGAAGGAGGCCCGCAAGGAGAUCAAGCAGCUCAAGCAGGUCAUCGACACUGUCAAGAACAACCUGAUUGACAAGGACAAGGGGUUGCAGAAGUACUUCGUGGACAUCAACAUCCAGAACAAGAAGCUGGAGACGCUGCUGCACAGCAUGGAGGUGGCCCAGAACGGCAUGACCAAGGAGGAUGGCACAGGGGAAUCGGCCGGUGGGUCCCCCGCGCGCUCCCUCACCCGCAGCUCCACCUACACCAAGCUGAGUGACCCGGCCGUCUGUGGUGACCGCCAGCCCGGCGAUCCCUCCAGCGGCUCUGCUGAGGACGGGGCUGACAGCGGCUUUGCGGCAGCUGAUGACACACUGAGCCGGACGGAUGCGCUGGAAGCCAGCAGCCUGCUGUCAUCAGGGGUGGACUGUGGCACCGAGGAGACCUCGCUGCACAGCUCCUUUGGCCUGGGCCCCCGCUUCCCCGCCAGCAACACCUAUGAGAAGCUGCUGUGUGGCAUGGAGGCUGGUGUGCAGGCCAGCUGCAUGCAGGAGCGUGCCAUCCAGACAGACUUUGUGCAGUACCAGCCUGACCUCGACACCAUCCUGGAGAAGGUGACCCAAGCCCGGGUCUGUGGGACAGUCCCUGAGUCAGGGGACAGGUGCCCAGAGCUAGACGCCCACUCUCUGGGACCCAGAGACCCCAAUUCAGCAGUGGUGGUGACAGUGGGUGAUGAGCCAGAGGCCCUAGAGCCCAUCACCCGUGGACCCACCCCACAGCAGCCUGGUGCCAACCCCAACCCUGGCCAGUCGGUGAGCGUGGUGUGCCCCGUGGAGGAGGAGGAGGAGGCUGCCGCAGCUGAGAAGGAGCCCAAGAGCUACUGGAGCCGCCAUUACAUUGUGGAUCUGCUGGCUGUGGUGGUACCAGCCGUGCCCACAGUGGCCUGGCUUUGCCGCUCCCAGCGACGCCAGGGCCAGCCCAUCUACAACAUCAGCUCCCUGCUGCGGGGCUGCUGCACUGUGGCCUUGCACUCCAUCCGCAGGAUCAGCUGCCGCUCCCUGAGCCAGCCAGGCCCCAGCCCAGCGGGCGGCGGCUCCCAGCUCUGAGGAGGCCUAUUCGGGCAGCGGCGCCUGCGGCCUGACCACUGAUUGUAGGGAUGCCGUUCCCCCUCCUUCUCCCUUGGGCAUCAUCUUAUUUAUUUAGUUUUGGGUGUGGAACUGUUUCUUUUUUUCAGGAUGUUAAAACAGUAUCGUGGCAGGAGUAGGGGUUGGAGACAGGCAUCCCAAAGCUUCGAUGGAGAGCAGGGAAGGGAGACCAAAGGCAGGAGGCACACCGGCUGGACACAUCGCAGGGAGGGGAGGAGGCGAGGGCCCCCCGGCCCCUCUGUCCCCCUGGCCCUUUGGACAGGGCCAACCCUGCUCAGGAAGUCUCUGGCUGUCUUUAUCCAGAGAAGCCGGGCUUAAGUUGCUCAUCAGGCCCCCGCCCUGCACCGUCCUGUCCAGUGCCCUGUUCACUCCAUGCCUGCUCUUCCAAGCCACCUUGCCCUCAGCCCCAGCUCAGGGGCCAGCGCCCUCUCCUCAAAUGGAGGCAGCCAUGGCCUAAACUACAGAUCGCUAACCCAGGUCUCAGAGCAGGGGCCGAAACCACUGGGCCGGGCCAGCGUUCCAGCCUCCCCAGACUGCUCCCCACCUUGGGACUCAGGAGCUCAGUCAAGGCCACAGGCUGGAGGAGAGGUGGGUUGGGCGCAAGGUGGCAGACGGCAGUGUGGGUUCUGUGUGUGUCCGUUCAUCCUAGGCCUUCCCGUCAUCUCUUUCCUCUUGGCACCUCUGGGUGUGUCAAUCAUUAUUCCUGUGAGGCAGCUAAGCCCGGCAAGCUCAGUGCUGGGGUAGGAGUGCCUGCCUGAGCCCCAGCUCCCAGCUGGAGAAUCCACCAGCACAAGAAGAGGAGGCAAGCCCCUGCCAAGAGGGCUCCCCCAGCCUUUCAAGGUGAGGCCGUCUCAUCUGCAGGCUGGGUGGCGGGGCUGGACUCAGGAAUCCACAGUUUACUGAAUAAGCCAGAGGCCGUGACUGCCUCUUGGAACUUGCCCCAAGUUUCUCUGGGGCCUUCGGGCCCAACUUCUGCUUUGCACUAUGUUCACUUUGGGGCUGGUUCUCAGCCAUGCAAGGGCCUCCGGGGAGGUGGCUGCUUGCUUUCUGAGAUGAGGGUUCCUAAACCUUAAACUUAUCUGCCUCUGGAGAAGGGUGGGGGAUUCUGGCAGGAUGAAUUGCAGGACGGCAUACUGAAGCCACGAUGUUUGUCCAGGCCAAAGCAGGAUGUCCUGGGAUGGGUUUCCCAGGCAUGCGUGUGGAAGAGCGGGCAGGCAUCCUGCAGCCUCCCUGCUCCCAGCCCAAGGCCAGUUGGCCUGGGAAGGUUCACUGCCCCCAGCCCCUUUCCGGGACCACACUGAGUCCCCCAGCCAAGCUGCUGACAUUCUUAUUACCAUUAUUAUUUUACCAAGUAAAGUCACUCCUCUUCCCCCACAGGGUUGGCACCCAUCUGGUCGUCCCACCCACUCUUCAGAGGCGAGGCUCCACAUCUGGGGGGUUGGAGGGACUCUGUGUCUUCCUCGCCCCUCUGGCCUCAGGGCCACUCUGGUUCUCUGCCAAGGUUGCUUGCCCUCACCCCGAUGCUCCAACAGCCAUUGCCUGACUGCUGGGCUCUGCCCUUCUGCUUGGUGCCCUCCACGUGAGGUCGGGCACCUGCAUGCACUGGGAAUGGGCAGCUGGCCCAGCCCUUGGGGCAGGAGCCCCCUCUGCCACACGCUUUGUGCCUCCAAAGCUCCCCCCGCCUCGGUCAGGGCCUCAGACCAGCCAUCCUCUGUGGAAUAUGCCCCAACCCAGCCAAAUCAAACCUAAAUGCCUGGGGCCUGGCUGGGGCUGCCCCUGCAGGACACUGUGGCCAUGCUACGGAGGGGGCAGUGGACAAAACCAAUCCAAAGCCAAGCCGGGACUGGCCACGGACCCAGCCUCCUGUGCCGUGCACUCAUGGAGCUGUGUAGCCUCCUUAGACAUAGUCCAAGCUUUGCCGAGAAAAGAAAUGUAUGAACUAUAUUUGACAACAUAAAGUCUCUAUAUUUUUCACCACUGGAAUUUAAUCAAGCUUCAAGCCCCUCUGCUCCUGUCUGUGUCUUGCGUCUGUGGCCUUCCUAUUGUGUCUUGUGUUUUGGCGGAUGUGACAGGGCUGGGGCCACAGUCUACUCUGUCCCUGCUGCUAGAGAAGCUACCUGUGGAGGAGUGGGCUGUGGCUGGGCCCGAGGUGGAGGUGCGUGUAGCCGGAGGAGCCACCUGCGGAGGAGGUGAGUGUAGCCGGCUGCAGCCCCCUACUCCUGCUCUGGCCUGAGACCGCCGUGGGGGGCACGCAGGCCCUGGCCCACAGUGUUGAGGGUCCUCUCUUUCGGGGGUUCUCCUGGGGCCUUUGAUGGGCUUUUCUUCUUGUCAGUGAAGGAAGCAGCUCCCCACUCGGCCCUGGGACAGGCCCUGGGACCAUGACGGCAGGUGGCCCUGGCCUAGCUCUGGAGUGUGUCUACGUGUGCUCAGUAUCUGCAUCAAUGCAAAGGUGCAGGUGGCCCGUGCAGCUCCAGGUGGUGGAGGUGCAGCAGCUACGGCUCGGGCGCCGCGCCCUGAAGAGGCUGGGUACAGAUGGGGCUAGGAGGGCAAAGCUGGUGCGGGGCCUCCUCCUGAGAGAGCUCACCCUCCACAGCAGCCCUUUUCCUUCCUGCCUAAUACCUCCUCCCAUUGGGUUGCAACUUUUUUCCUCCUGCCCUCAGCUUCUGAAGCAGAAAUCUUUGGGGCCUCCCCUUUCCCCAGCGUCUAGCCAGAGCUGAUGAGGUCCUGAGGAACAGCAUCCCCAGAAACCGCCUUCUGGAACCUAGUGGGCAGAGGUGGCUUCUGCUGAGUUCUAGGGCUCAGGCCAGAGUGGCCCCACUGCCUGGCCAGUUCAGGCUCAGGCAGGCAUUGGAAGCUGGGGCCCGGGCUCUGCACAGAGAGCUGGGUUUGAGUGGAGCGUAUUGUAGAUUUCUCCCAAGGGGAUCACUUAGGUUCUCACUGACACACCCUUCCCAUUGCCACUAGCACAGGGGUAUCUUACAGCACUUUGGGGAGGGGUGGGACAAACUCCAAGGUUCUGGGGCCAAGGCCUACCCAAGGGCCUCUGCCCAGAGAACUCACAACCCCCUCUCUGACCUAGGGGACAACGCAAAUGGGUCACAGUACACUCCCAUGUUAGGCCAUCCCCUUGACAAAGAAUUCAGGGGAUUCGGGAAGUGGGGAGGUGGGGAGGGAUCUUGACUCUUGUCUCCUUUGUCCUUUUGUUCAGACAGAGUUGUACCUGCGGCAGACAACUCUGAAUUAAAGCAUGAACACAAAGCAA